UAUGGGAAGAGGGGAAGAAGUGCAUGGACGCACCUCAGAAAAUUAUAAGGAUUUAAUGAAUUCUACUCGAGAUAUCACUUCAAGGCUUCGUAACCUCGCUUUUCCAUCCGCUGAUGAUGCAAUAUUGAUUCAUCAAAACCCAGAAGAGAGAUUUCCGUAUUUUGAUGUAUCAAGGUGGCGAAUACACUUCGAUGGGGAGUUGAGUGUUACCAACUUUUUGGAAAAAAUUGAGGAGCUUCGUUUAUCUCACGGAGUUACAAAACAGCAGUUGCUAAGAUCUGCUCCAGAAUUAUUCACGAAGGAUGCUCUUUUCUGGUUUAGAACGCAAAAUUUCAAGUCAUGGGAUAACCUGGUGGAAAAACUGAGGAAAGAUUUCUUUCCUUAUGACUAUGAGUUUGAUCUCUGGGAAGAAAUACGCAAACGCACUCAAGGUUCCAAAGAACGAGUGAUGACUUUCGUGGUGGCAAUGGAGAAUCUCUUCAAUAAAUUAGGUCCGAAUAAACCCUCCGAAGAAGUUAGAGUUAAAACUAUUCGUCGAAAUUUGCUCCCUUACAUUCAGUCUCAGCUAGCCUUGGAGGCAAUUGAUUCAGUUUCGGAUUUGGUAAGACUAAGUCGCACAGUGGAGGAAACUGCGAUCCGUACUCAGAGAUUCUGUCCACCUCCAACGAACUACAAACAGAUGUUAGAGCCAGAACUUGCCUACCGAAAACCACCUGGUAGCUCAGCUAUUUCAGUUGUAAGUACUGAUUGUGGUAUUGACUUCUGGUCGAAAAUGGGAAUUGUACCGGACCUUUACUCAGGAGAAUGGACUUUCAGGUCUGAGGAAGGUGUUGUAACAACAGAGACCUGUGCAAUCCACAGUACAGAUUAUCUUACCCCUGCACAGCGCAAAAUAUUAGAUGACCUAAUAGAUAGUACUUUCCGGUCAAUGGGAGACAAAUUGGGUUGUACUGAUAAAGUCGAACAUCAUAUUCGAACACACUCCCCACCGAUAAAACAAAGACACUAUCCACUCUCCCCUACAUCACAAAGGCAAGUUAACAUUGAAUUAGAGAAAAUGUUGGCAGAGGGGAUAGUGGAACCUUCCAAUUCACCAUGGGCAUCUCCCAUUGUUCUUGUGAAAAAGCCCGACGGUCAAUAUAGAUUCUGCGUGAACUAUAAAAAACUGAAUGAAGUAAGUCUUCCUGAUGCCUACCCUUUACCAUUCGUUAGUUCUACACUUGAUAAGUUACGAGAUGCAAAAUUUCUGACCACACUGGACAUAAAAUCGGCGUAUUGGCAAAUUAAGGUGGCAGAAGCUUCCAGGCCCCUUACGGCGUUUGUUGUGCCAACUCGAGGACUUUUCCAGUUUUGUAGAAUGCCCUUUGGUUUACAUAACGCUCCAGCUACUUGGCAGCGAUUUCUUGAUGGAGUAGUGGGAGUGGACCUUGAGCAGUAUGUGUUCGUUUAUCUAGAUGACGUGGUCAUCUGUACUCCCACCUUCGAUCAACACAUCUCUGUUUUGAAAGAGGUCUUGUCUCGAAUCAUGGCCGCUGGAUUAACCCUCAAUAAAGAGAAAUGUUGUUUUUGCAGACCAGAGUUGAAAUAUUUGGGAUAUGUUGUGAACUCGACCGGUUUAUUGGUUGACCCUGGAAAAGUCGAGGCCAUUAUCCGCAUUCCUACUCCUCGGAGUGUCUCUGAAGUAAGGAGGAUAGUGGCUCCACUAACAGCUCUUUUGAAGAAGAAUGCCAAAUUUGUCUGGUCAGAGGAAUGCGAGAGAGCAUUAGAUACAAUUAAAGAUCGUUUGAUCUCAGCACCGGUCCUUUCUUGUCCCAAUGUUGACCUACCAUUCACCAUACAAACGGAUGCGUCAGAUUAUGGUUUGGGAGCGGUCCUAUCACAACAGCACGAAGAUGGCGAAAAGGGUCGUGGCUUACCUGAGUCGUUCAUUGACGAAGAGUGA